UCUGAUCUUGUCUUACUGACUACUCCAUUGCCCUCCUCUCUCCAUCGGUUGAACACCCUCGGUUUCCCAUUGUCAAUCGUCGCGAAUCGAUUGCCGAGGACUGAAGUGACCUCUCCCGCGUGACGGAAUUAGACUCCAAGAAAGCCCCUCUCUGCUGUCCUUGUUCAUACCUCGCCACCACCCCGACCUUGGUAAGGUAACCUUGAUUCAGAAUGCCUUUAGCCGUAAUCAGCGCCAUGUCGUUUAACAACAAAGAAAACCUCUCGGAUGCCUCGAAAGUCUCGGAUGCUUCUUCGCCGAGCAAACCCGCCCUCUCCUCCGAGGUGACGGGGGCCGGAUCCCGGGCCAAAUGGUUGGACAGUCAGGAGCCUUUAUUGCAGGAGAAUCCUCGCCGAUUCGUGAUCUUGCCCAUUCAGUACAAUUCGAUCUGGCAAAUGUACAAGAAGGCCGAAGCCUCAUUUUGGACGGCCGAAGAGGUGGAUUUGUCCAAGGACCUGGACGAUUGGGCCAAACUCAAAGAGGAUGAGCGCUAUUUCGUCUCGCACAUCCUGGCCUUCUUCGCCGCGUCUGAUGGGAUUGUCAAUGAGAAUCUGGUGGAGCGGUUUAUGGCCGAGGUGCAAAUCCCUGAGGCGCGUUGUUUCUACGGCUUUCAGAUUGCCAUCGAGAACAUUCAUUCUGAAAUGUAUUCUCUGCUCAUUGACACCUAUGUCACGGAUGCCCAAGAGAAGGAGCAUUUGUUCAACGCCUUGGAGACGGUGCCAGCCGUACGCAAGAAGGCCGAUUGGGCUCUCAAGUGGAUCAAUGACCGCGAAUCCACUUUUGGUGAGCGAAUCAUGGCCUACGCGUGUGUCGAGGGCAUCUUCUUCUCUGGCAGUUUUGCUGCCAUCUUCUGGCUUAAGAAACGCGGGCUCAUGCCCGGCUUGACCUUUUCCAAUGAGUUGAUCUCGCGAGACGAAGGCUUGCACACGGACUUUGCUUGUCUUAUGUUCAAGCAUUUGAAGAAUCGACCCACCAAAGAGCGAAUUUACCAGAUCGUGACCGAAGCCGUGGUCAUCGAGAGCGAGUUCCUGACUGAUGCCUUGCCCGUCAAUCUGAUCGGCAUGAAUUGCGAUCUUAUGGUUCAGUACAUCAAAUUCGUCGCGGAUCGGCUGUUACUAGAGUUGGACUGCCAAAAGCACUACCGAGUGGAGAACCCCUUCGAUUUCAUGGACAACAUCUCCCUCGAAGGCAAGACCAAUUUCUUCGAGAAACGUGUGGGAGAAUAUCAAAAAGCGGGGGUGAUGUCCAAGCCCGAGGACAACAAAUUCACGCUCGACGCCGACUUCUAAAAGGGAACAAAGAAGAAACUUCGCCUGCAUUUAGAUCCUCAUUCCUUAGUACAAGUAUUAUUUCCAUACGAACUGACCCUACGCCCAGUGUCACCUGAAAGACACCUAGAUAGAUACCUUUCUCCCUGAUGUUGAACGGCUAUAAGAUAGCGCUUCUACAUAUCAAAUAAAUUUUUUGAUAGAUACUGAA